AUGGUUUUCUUCUCAUCUUGCAUGUCUGUUAAAUAUCAUCUUGAAUUAUUCAACUAUAUUGAUUUGCCAGUAACCUCAAUUCAUGGUAAACAAAAGCAAACAAAGCGUACGACCACAUUUUUUCAAUUCUGUAAUGCUGCCGAAGGUAUACUGUUAUGCACUGAUGUAGCGGCUCGCGGUUUAGAUAUACCUCAAGUCGACUGGAUUGUGCAGUAUGAUCCACCAGAUGAUCCCAAGGAAUAUAUACAUCGCGUAGGUCGUACUGCUCGCGGUACUGGUAGUUCCGGUCAUGCUUUGUUAAUGUUACGUCCUGAGGAACUGGGCUUUUUGCGUUACUUAAAAGCUGCCAAAGUUCCUCUAAACGAGUUUGAGUUUUCGUGGAGCAAAAUUGCUGAUAUACAAUUACAGUUGGAAAAACUUAUAGCGAAGAAUUAUUUCCUUAAUCAAUCGGCAAAAGAGGCUUUCAAAUCAUACGUGCGCGCUUAUGAUUCGCAUCAAUUGAAGACAAUAUUCGAUGUGAAUACUUUGGAUCUACAAGCGGUUGCUAAGAGUUUCGGUUUUCUGGUACCACCUGUUGUAGAUCUUAAAGUCAACAGCGUGCAACGUCGGAGACCUGAAAGACGUAUCGGCGGUGGUGGUUUCGGUUACUAUAAACAUUUAAAUGAAAACCAAACGAAACAACGCGUUUUCAAGCAAGUCUCUCGUGAGCAACUACAAAAGAAACGAAAAAAUUUCAUGCGGUAA